AUGUCUGAAUUAAAAUCUGCAUAUUCAAAUAUCAAUACCUUAAAACCAUUUUACGCGCCAGGUGGUGGUAUAGCAUCUAUAUCAUCUAAUGGUGAAUUUUUAGCUGCAAGUGUUUUAGACCAAGUUAAUAUUUUGCAAAUUGAUAUUAACCAAACUGAUAGAUCUAUUAAAUUAUAUGAAAGCAUUGAAAAUGAAGACGAACAAGAAAUCACUUGUUUACAAGUUACACCUGAUGGGUCAAAAUUAUGCUUUGUAAACCAAGCACAAUUGAUAACUAUCUUUGAUAUUAAACAAAGUAAAAUUGUGAAAAAUUUUAAAGUUAGUUCACCAAGCUAUGUUAUGGCCUGUGAUGAACUGACUUCCAAUAUUUUAGCCAUUGGUGGUACCGACGGUUCUAUCACCAUUUAUGAUCUAAACAACGGCUAUAUCACACAUUCUUUGAAAGGUCAUGGAGGCACUAUUUCUAGUUUAAAGAUUUAUGGAGAGUUAGAUAGUGAACAUUGGUUUUUACUUAGUGGUGAUACUAAUGGUGUCAUCAAAGUUUGGGAUUUAAUUAAAAGUAAGUGCCUGCAUACUAUGAACGAACAUACCAGUGCAAUUAGGGGUUUGGAUAUGACCGCAAAUAAGGAUUCUAACGGCAUUAAUACAACAUCAUGGAAAUUAAUCAGUGGUGGAAGAGAUAAUGUUAUCAAUCACUUUACCUUCACUAGGCGUAAAUAUAAGUUGGAAUUGACGAUUCCAGUCCAUCAGCAAAUUGAAGCAUGCGGGUAUUUGGCAAAUCCUGAAUAUUGUUAUGCUGCAGGUGGUGAAGCUAUUUUCCAAAUUUUCGAUUCAAAAACAGGGAAAGUUGUUAAGAAAACAGUUAAACCUUUGGAAGAGUUAUUUAUUGUUGGUGUUUUACCAAUAAAUUCUAAAAAGGAUUUUUAUUUGGUUUUAUCUGAUCAGUCCUUAUUUAGGCUUGUUGAUCUCGAUGAUGAGUAUUUUAUGACGAAAAAUGAAGAGGAUAAUGAAAUACUAAUUGAUUGGAAAAUUGCAGGUAAUCAUGGUACGAUUGCCGAUAUGAAAUUGGUUGGCCCCAAAUUAAAUAAGUUGGCUUUGGCCACAAAUUCUCCCACAUUGAGAAUCAUUCCAACACCGCCAUUAUCAUCAUCGGACAAUGAAUCUAUCAUUAAGUUAGAUAACUUAUAUGAGGUGGAAAUGUACGAGGGGCAUUCUGACUUAUUGAACACAUUAGAUUGUACAGAGGAUGGACAAUGGAUUGCUACUGCAUCAAAGGAUAGUAGUGCUAUAUUAUGGAAAUAUGAUGAAGAGUACGAAAUUUUCAAACAAUAUGCUCGAUUUGAAGGACAUGCUGGUUCAGUUACUGCUAUUGGGUUGCCCAAUGCUGUGACUAGUGGUGCUGUUCCAUCAUUUUUAAUUACUGCUUCUAAUGACUUAACAAUCAAAAAAUGGAAGAUCCCCCUAAGUAAAGAAGAUGAAAUAAUUGUUAUUAAGAAUAGUGAAUAUACAAGAAAAGCACAUGAUAAAGACAUUAAUGCAUUAGACAUAUCACCCAAUGAUUCGAUAUUUGCGACUGCGUCCUAUGACAAGACGUGUAAAAUUUGGAAUAUAGAUGAUGGCGAAUUAGUUGCCAGCCUAAGUAACCACAAGAGAGGGUUAUGGGAUGUUAAAUUUUGUCAAUACGAUAAGAUUCUGGCCACGUGCUCGGGUGACAAAACUAUCAAAUUAUGGUCUCUAGAUAAUUACACUGUAAUGAAAACAUUGGAAGGACAUACUAAUGCGGUCCAAAGAUGUGAAUUUAUUAAUAAAAACAAGCAAGUAGUUAGCAGUGGUGCUGAUGGUUUGGUUAAGAUUUGGGAUUUAGCCGAGGGUGAGUGUUUGAAAACUUUGGAUGGACAUUCAAAUAGAAUAUGGUCUUUGUGUGUUAAAAAUGACGGUGAGGAGAUAAUUAGUGCUGAUGCGGAUGGUGUUUUUCAAUUUUGGAAGGAUAAUAGUAUAGAAGAAGAGUUGCGUAACUUGGAGGAAGAAAAAUUGAAAAUUGAACAAGAACAAUCAUUAACUAACUAUUUAAGGACUGGAGAUUGGGUUAAUGCAUUUUUGUUGGCUAUGAGGUUAGAUCAUCCAAUGAGAUUGUAUAAUGUGUUGAAUCAAUGUUUAAUCUCUGCAAAUGACAGUGACGAUGAGUACAUUUUUAAUAAGGAUGUAGAUGCUGUUAUUAGUACAUUGGAUAAGGAUCAAUUGAUUACUUUGAUGAAAAGAUGUAGGGAUUGGAACACUAAUGCAAGAACACAUUUAGUGGCCACUAAAGUGAUUAAAUGUAUUAUUAAGACCCAUAACAUUAACAAACUAAGUGAACUUCCAAAUAUGAUGAAGUUAAUUAAUUCUAUAAUACCAUAUACUCAAAGACAUUACACAAGAAUGGAUAAUUUAGUGGAGCAAAGUUAUAUUUUGGAUUAUGCAUUGAUUGAAAUGGAUAGAUUGUUAUAA